UCAGUCGUCCGGCGAAGUUCGACAUGAGUGGACGUGUAUAGAGGCGUUCGAUGUGAUGCGUUCACCUGCGUUCACCGAACAAGCUUGACGUUCUGUGAAGUGAGCCGGUGACGCGUCUCUCGAACACGAGGUUGCCGGUCGCGGAUCAGUCGCCUGCAGGAUCAUCCGGUCACGCUGACAAACGUCGACCGCAUGAAUCAGUGCAGCCUCCAAUCCAUAGCCUUUUAUCGCCCCGAAGAAUCUGUGGAAGAGUAUAUAGACAGUAAAAUCCACUUCGCCAGGGAGAUCAUAAAGAGCUUAACGCGACGAGAAAAAUGUCCACUGCGCUAUUGGCCGUGUUCGCCGUGAUCCUCUGCAUUCUCUUCAGGAUACUAAAUGUGAACAGCUCGCCGCAUAGACCUGUUCUCGUCUGCAAGGACCAGUUCUUCUUGUCGACAGUGCUGAAGAUCGCACCGGUCCUCGCCGAACCGUACAAGCCGACGAGGUUGUGGGGUUUCAGUGGGCACGUACAGACCAUCAUCCACAGCGUCAUAGGGCGCGUUCGGUGCCCUUGGCCCAUUGGCGAACGCGUGUGCAUCAGUCUUACGGAUGAGACCACGCUCACGUACGAUCUUUAUCAACCGCUGACCCACGGCCAUGAAGACGACAUAACGAUAGCCAUCUGUCCCGGAAUCGGGAACAGCUCGGAGAGUGUUUACAUCAGGACGUUCGUGCAUUUCGUGCAAUGCCAUGGUUAUCGAUGUGCGGUACUUAAUCACGUCGGGGCCUUAUCCAGUGUCAAGAUCACAGCGCCAAGGAUAUUCUCUUACGGUCACACGGAAGAUUAUAAUAUGAUGCUGCUGAGUUUGGUAGAGAAGCAUCCCAACACCAAAAUAGUUUGUAUAGGAUAUAGUUUGGGCGGUAAUAUAGUGACAAAAUAUUUGGGAGAACGGCGUCCUAACAAAUUGCCCAACAUUAUAGGAGGUAUAUCAAUUUGCCAAGGAUACAAUGCUCUCGAAGGGACAAAGAUUUUGUUAAAUUGGCAGAACUUUAGACGUUUCUAUCUCUAUGUAAUGACAGAGUCUAUGAAAAAUCUUAUACUUAAACACAAAAACGUGCUUUUGUCAGAAGAAGUAAAACAGAGGUGUAACUUAAACGAGCGUGACAUAAUUUCAGCUGCGACGUUACCCGAACUGGAUGAAGCGUAUACGAGAAAGGUACAUAAUUUCAGAUCCGUACAAGAAUUGUACAAAUGGAGCAGUUGUAUCUUUUACCUGGAUAAUAUCACAACGCCGAUGGUAUUCAUCAAUGCGUUAGACGAUCCCAUCGUGCCAGAAGUAUUACUAAAUCCAAUUAAAGAACACGCGGCAAAUCGCCUAAAUACGUUGUAUGUGGAAUUAGCGCAUGGAGGUCAUCUAGGUUUUUACGAAGGAGGUCUUCUAUAUCCAAAUCCUAUAACAUGGCUGGAUCGAACACUGGUGUCUCUUGUGGGAUCUCUGACCCUAGCACACGCAGAUAAGGCUUUGAAAACCUCUUAACCUAAUUUGACUCGGUUAACGUACUCGUAUUAUUGGGCGUUGAUCGCCAUUGUAUCACACAUCAUGAUCUUCUAAGAUCAGUCAGCACUGCACUUGACCCCGUUGGUUGUCCUUUUGGGCGACCAGAGUUAUCUACAACGAGAUGCAUCCAUGAUGCAGAAGAAACGGCACAUUGUAGUCUAUAUAAAAGAAAAAAAAAAAAACUGGUACAGACUUGUCACUUCACGAUACG